AUGCAUCUGAACCACCCCCCAGGUACUAAACUGCUGUGCGAUGGGGGUGCCCUUAAAAUGAAGAAUUGGACACUCGAUGACUUCGAACUAGGUGCACCGUUAGGUGCUGGUCAGUUUGGACAGGUAUGGCUGGUACGUGAAAAAGUGCGCAACUAUCUUCUAGCACUGAAAAUAAUUCCUAAGUCAAUCGUUGAAAAGACGGACAGCUACCGGCAACUGAGAAGAGAAUUGGAAAUACACACGAAACUACGCUCGCCAUACAUACUACGGUGCUACGGACACUUCCACGACAAAAACAACAUUUAUUUGGUCCUGGAGUACGCGAACAACGGUGAACUAUUCCACCAUUUGGUGGAGAAGGGCAAAUUUGACGAGAAAACGGCUGCAAAUUACGUAUACCAGGUGUUGCACGCUGUGAGAACGAUGCAUUUGCAGAAAGUGAUUCACAGGGAUCUUAAACCGGAGAACAUACUCAUAGGAUGCGACAACAAACUACGAAUAGCAGAUUUUGGAUGGUCGGUGUGCAACAUAGACCAGAAAAGAGGUACGUUUUGUGGUACACAGGAGUACCUGUGCCCAGAGAUAAUUAACAAGAACCAGUACAGCGACAAGGUGGACAUGUGGUGCAUCGGUAUUCUUACAUACGAGUUGUUGGUGGGGAACACACCGUUUGAGGCACCCGAUAGGACAACCCGGGACGCGUACAGAAAGAUUAGAAACCUGGAGUACGAUCUGCCAAAGUUUCUCAGCGAAAGUGCGCGGCGGUUCAUCGAGAGACUGCUGGUUGUUGAGAGUGAAAAACGGCCGGAUGUGAACGAAAUGCUGAAUGAUCCAUGGAUUACAGGGAAUAUAUGCGUAAACGGUGCAUAAGGAGGAGUGCUGCGGAGAGUGUAUUAUUAAAGGUUACGUGGU